AUGAGGUGGUUCACUCCACCUGCUCAGCACAAAGCUAUUUUUGUACAGGGGCCCAAAGUAGCAACAUUGGAGACAGGAUGGCCCUUAACACGUUUAACUGCCAAGAAGCCCAAACGUUGGGUUUCACAUGCUUGGUUAAAACGGUUCCGAAACCCUAACGCUGGCUCUCAAGAUAUAUUUGCACUUCAUUCGAUGAAGUUCGACGAGUGGGUUUCAGAAAGCAUUAAAGCACAAUAUAGAGCGAUAUUACGAGGGGCCUGCUUCAGAGCAUGUUUGAAGAGGGUCCGAACUAGCGAUGCCAAUUUGGUGGGUAAGCUGUUUUUCAACGUCGUUCAAACGAAAUGCUUCGUCCUCAAGCCAAAAAGGAAGUGUAUGAGGACUUCGUGGUGGGGAAAGUGCGAGAAAUAUAAAACAUUCAAACAAGCGAUUCUCAGAGAUAAUUUGCCAUAUUAAUCUAGAGCAAUACUAUACAGGGUGUUUCAGACUCAGAUGUACAUACGAUACUUGCAGAUAGGGGACACUUUGACGGUUUCAAAUCAUCCCCCAUUGAUAUGUCUACCGACUUUUAUAACUGCGAUAUAGGACAUUAUCUUGAUUUUGUCAAAAUUUUCAUCUGGUCAAAAUUUUUCAGCCACUUCGUAUAAUCUAUUCAUA